CCACAGUCACUCCUUUGCUCUUCCAAUCUUCAAGACGCUCCUUGCAACAUCGCUCACCUCGCUCAACUCCAACCAAAACAAACUCCAACCAACCAAACCGUCAACAUGCUCUCCCAAACCCUCCUCCUUGCCCUCGCCGGUGCCGUGAGCGCCCUCCCCGGCCAAAUGCAGGCGCGCCAGGACUCCGAGUGCCUCGAGGCCAUGCAGUCGGUGUACAAGGGCAUGCCGACGCCGGCCCCCGCGCUGGUGAGCUUCUACGCGACCCAGACGCAGACCGACCCCUGCAAGAUGACCCUCCCCCCCGCGGUGGAGUCGGCCCAGUCGAGCCUGCAGAGCGCCGCCUCGUCGUGGCUCGCGGCCAACGGCGACGGCAUCGCCUCCGCCGCCGAGAAGUGCCCCGACCUCGCCAGCCUCACCGGCAACAUCGAGCUCCCCAGCUGCACCGACGGCGCCAGCAGCGGCAACACCAGCGGCGAUGACGCCGAUGACGCCGACGACAGCAGCGACGAUUCCUCCGAGUCCAACGACGACAGCGAGGCUAACGAUGACACCGACUCCGACUCUGACGAGAACGCCGGCCACCGUGACACCGGCCUCGCCGCCGCCGCUGUUGCCAUCGCUGCCUUCGUUGGCGUCGUUGCCGUCCUCUAA